GCGCACGUGCUCUGAUGAACCACAAUCAUGUCUUCAUCCGAGCAACCACAACCACAGCCAGUGCAACCAGUGCAGGUCCUUUAUUGCCAGGUAUGCACAUAUCCACCCGAAUAUUGCGAGUUUGGAUCCAGCAUAACGAGAUGUAAAGAGUGGAUACAUGACGCUCAUCCAAGCCUUUACGACAAAUAUUAUUCUGAAGAGGCCCUACAAAAUAAACUCGGCACGCUGAGUCUCGAGGCGCAAGCUAAGCUGGAGAAGGAAACCGCAAAAAAGGAGGCGAAAGCAGAAGCAAAGGCUGAUGCUUUGCUCAAGAAGAAGAUGGCCUCGCAAGUGACGAUCAAGCGGAUCGAAAGGAACAAGCGGAAACAUGUUACCGCCAUACAUGGACUGGAAGCUUUCGGUAUUGAUCUCAAGAAAGCUGCCAAGUUCCUAGCGCAGAAGUUUGCUACUGGCGCUUCAGUAACGAAGAACGCACAGGGACUGGACGAGAUCGUCGUGCAGGGCGAUGUAGCCGAUGAAGUGCUGGAGCUCAUCGAGAAUGGUGCUGGUGUGCUGAAAGGUGUUCCAAUUGCAAACGUGGAUGUUGUCGAGGACAAGAAAAAGAAAGGUGGUGAUUAGAUGAUGUAUGUGCGAUAUGCGAUAAAGCUUAUAGAUAUAUUUGUACCCUUUUCCAAUGAGUGUUGUAUACAUAAUGUCGUAUCACAUGUAUAAAAUGCACUGUAUUAUGGCAAAGUA